CUUCUUUCAUCUCCAGUUGAGCACUCCGCACUCCUCUGUUCUUCACUCACUUUACUUCUCUCUUCACUUCUCUUUUUUCGUUUCCAACACACAAUGAACGACUUUGAUCCUGCCAACGCUACCCAGUCUUCGGCUGUGGUGGAAAAUUCCACCACAGGAUCUGAGGAAGGAGGAAACUCCAAGAGACAGAAGAUUCUUCCCAAGACCCUUGAGUCAAAAAGCUUUGCCAUCAAAGACUUUGAGGGCAACAAGGAGGAUCAAGAAGAUUACAUAGCCAACACCAUGGCUACCUACAAGAAGAACCUCACUGACCGCAGCGAACACCAACUGGGCUACCCUUUUAAUCUGGAAUAUGAUUACAAGGACCUAAAUCAGUUGAUGCCUUUCUCCAUUAAUAAUAUAGGAGACCCUUUUAUUGGCGGCGACUGCGGUAAUCAUUCAAGGCCGUUUGAAGUUGGUGUCUUGGAUUGGUUUGCCGAAUUCAUGAAAAUAGAGAAGAAUGAAUACUGGGGUUACAUUACAAGUUGUGGAACCGAAGGCAAUUUCCACGGCAUUCUUACCGGGAGAAAAAUGUUUCCAAAUGGCAUUUUAUAUGCCUCAAAGGAAUCCCAUUACUCUAUUGCAAAAGCAAUAGAUAUGUUUAGCAUGAAGUGGGUGCAAGUUGAAACACAAGUUAGUGGGGAGAUUGAUUAUCAUGACUUCAAAACUAAGCUCCUUGCUAACAAAGAAUUUCCUGCCAUAGUUGUUGCUAACAUAGGAAUGGUGUUUGUUGUAGGAACAACCAUGAAAGGUGCCGUGGAUGACAUUGAUUUUAUCAUUCAAAUUCUUAAAGAGGGUGGGAUUUCACAAGAUAGAUUCUACAUUCAUUGUGACGGGGCAUUGAGUGGCAUCCUUUUGCCUUUCAUGGAAUGUGAAAAGAAGGUUAUUAGUUUCAAGAAACCAAUUGGAAGUGCCUCCAUAUCAGGGCACAAUUUUAUUGGGUGUCCAAUCACUUGUGGUGUUUUGAUAACAAGAAAGGACUACAUUAAUUUCCAUUCAAGAAAUAUUGAGUACAUUGCCUCACAAGAUGCUACAAUCAUGGGAAGCCGGAAUGGCCAUGCUCCUAUUUUCCUUUGGCAUGCACUCAACAGAGAAGGUUGCAAAUUGAUCCAAAAACAAGUUGAGGAAUGCCUCAAAAAUGCUCGCUAUCUAAAGGGAUGCUUGUGCAAAGCUGGGAUUAGCGCAAUGCUAAAUGAAAGUAGCAUCAUUGUUGUGUUUGAGCGACCAAAGGAUGAGGAGCUCAUUCGAAAGUGGCAGUUGGCUUCUCAAGGAAACGUUUCACAUGUGGUGGUGAUGCCACAUGUAUCUGUUGCAAUGCUGAAUACUUUCUUGGAUGAGUUGAUUUCAAAACGCUUAACUUGGUAUAAAGAUGAAAUACCGCCUUGUUUAGAAGUUGACAUAGGAAAAGAGAAUUGUACUUGUGCUUUGCAUAAGUGUUAAUUAAAACUUAUUAGUUAUCAUGUUUUGUAUUAUGUAAUAUUGUAUUUGAUGUAUAAAAGUCUUUCUUUAUAAUUAAAAUAUAAAAUGAUGUCAUUAAC